UCGACUGGUGUGCGAUUUCCGUUGUUCACUUGCUCUCUUGAUCUCUUCUCGCAACUCGUUAAAAUUGGCGUGUCUCGGGCUCGGCUACCCAACUAGCCCUUCUCCACCCUGUGCGCUGCGCGCGCGAGUUUUCUAGCUAGGCUGCCGCAGUAGCUGGAGCUGCUGCUGGCCUCAGAUCAGGCAAUUCUUGGGAUGUGCUGGCCUCAGAGGCGCCGUACUUGCCCUGGACCAGGCCUGAUUCUGAUUCUGAUUCCAUCUCCCCUGUUGCAAACCCUAGUUCUUUACUCCUCUUUUCUCGAUUAAGUAGCAGCAGAAUCCAGGACCACGAAAUCCCGAACUAGUUGUUUACAAUUUCUUCUCUGCUUCCCACUUUCCGCCCUCUCGAAAGCUUCUCUCCCUUCUGCACAAGCUCAGGAUUAUAGAUCUGGGGCGGGAGUGGCAAGCGAAGGACAUGCAGAUGCACGUCGGAGGAGGCGCGGCCGACAGCCCGGAGGCGACGCGGCCGAGCCGCUACGAGUCGCAGAAGCGGCGGGACUGGCACACGUUCGGGCAGUACCUGCGCAACCACCGGCCGCCGCUGGAGCUGGCGCGGUGCAGCGGCGCGCACGUGCUCGAGUUCCUGCGCUACCUCGACCAGUUCGGCAAGACCAAGGUCCACGCGGCGGGGUGCCCCUUCUUCGGCCACCCGUCGCCGCCCGCGCCGUGCCCGUGCCCGCUGCGCCAGGCUUGGGGCAGCCUCGACGCGCUCGUCGGCCGCCUGCGCGCCGCCUUCGAGGAGCACGGGGGCCGGCCCGAGGCCAACCCCUUCGGCGCGCGCGCCGUGCGCCUCUACCUCCGCGAGGUCCGCGACAGCCAGGCCAAGGCGCGCGGCAUUGCCUACGAGAAGAAGCGCCGGAAGCGGCCGUCGUCGUUCGCGUCCGCCUCGUCCCAGUCGUCGCCGCAGGCCGCGACCAGCCCGCCGCAGCAGGCCGCUCCCGCUUCCUCGCCGAUCCUGUCGGACGCGGCGGCUGAGAGGGCCGACGUGCGGGCGUUCGUGUCUGACGCCGGGCACGGGCACGGGCACGGGCACCAGCAACAGCACCACUUCUUCAUGCCGCACCCGCAGUUCCUGCACGGGUUCAGCCUGCUGCCGGGAAACCCCGAAGCGGUGGCUGGCAAUGGCAAUGGCAGCAGCAGCAGCGCUAGCGUCGCCGCCAGCAGCGGGGACGAGAUAGCGCUGGCACUGGCGGCGGCGGAGGAGGCGCACGCGGCGGGGUGCAUGCUGCCGUUGUCGGUGUUCAACUAGGCAGGCGUAUAGCCAAAAGCGAGGUAGGGCGAAUGAAUAGUCCGGGUGCUUGCUUAUCCGGUUCCGGUGUUCAUGCAUGAUCGUUCUCACUGUCGCGAUGGAGUUGAGGCGAUCAACACACGUACGUUCUGCUUGCUGUUCUUAAGUAAUUCCUAUUCCCAUCUCUUUUUUGCUCAUGCAUUUCCUGCUGUGCUGCUGCUGCUGGGAAAUAGUAUUAGUAGCUGUGCUUGGUACUGUAGGGUUUGCAGAAUCCUGCUUGGUUUGUGUAUGCAAUGCAAAUGAUGACGGAGGUAUAAUAUAAUGGAAGGCUUAAUUUCCAGGCUAA